GCUCCGGUAAGCAUCUUAAGAUACGCGCGACAUUAUUUUAAAUCUUUCGUUAAAAAACCGAAAGUAUAUUUUGUCGAGUGAUCUGCAAUAAAUCAAUUCUCCUUUUUAAAUAAUUAAAAUAAAAUUCUUAAUACUAUAUUAUAUUGUCGACUUUCAAAACCAAAUCGUAUAUCUAUAUGGUUAAUUUGUGAAAGCCAAGAGAAGCUCAUCGAGUGUGCUAUUUGUAGAAAUGUUGACACUUCGAUGAUUACCUUUCAUCCAUAUCACUGUCAAUUAACGGUCAGCAAAUUGCUGUUCAUGUUAACGUUUACGGUGAAUGUGAUACCUUUGGGACUUGUUUCAUCAUUCAUUGGGGUGUUUAAGCUAAUAAGGAAAUGUGAGCAAUAAUUUCUCCAUAUCAGGUGAACAGAAGUGUGAAGAUUGUAAUUGCACAAGUGCUUUGUUGGGUGCCCCAGUGCAGUGAUACAACCGCCAAAAUAGCGCCCCUAACGGCAAUGUCGACCCAAGGGGACGACGAACAGGAAAUCAAUGUUGAUGUGGAUUCGGACUCAAGAAUGAGUUGCGGAGGAAGUGGAUCAGAUAUUGAUUGCGAUGGUGGCGGAAGUUGUUACGACGAUUCAGAGACUGCCAUAAGUGAGCCGAUUCAAUCAGAACAGACACGCUCCUCCAGUGAAACCCUGCCUUUCAGUAUAUCGCGUUUGCUAUCGAAACCAUUUGAAAAUAACAAUAAAAGUGAUAAGGACCUCUCAGAUUCUGAAAGUAAAUUAUCAUCCGCACUUUCUUCGGCUGGUUUGUCUUAUUCAACAGCCGCCGGUAGUAUCUACUCAUAUCCACUUUAUCCUCCGGGCCAUGUAUUAAGAGUAGCUCCACAGAGGGGACCAUGUACACCCCUCACAUGGGCAUUACCACCUCUACAUCCCGCUGCACUCGCUCAUCAGGCUGUGAAAGAUCGAUUGGCAGCAGCAUUUCCAAUUGCGCGGCGUAUUGGUCAUCCUUAUCAAAAUCGAACACCACCUAAACGGAAAAAACCUCGAACAUCAUUUACUCGAAUACAGGUUGCAGAACUAGAAAAGCGCUUUCACAAACAAAAGUACCUGGCAUCUGCUGAAAGGGCAGCUUUGGCACGAGGGCUGAAGAUGACGGAUGCACAAGUCAAAACAUGGUUCCAAAAUAGAAGAACGAAGUGGAGGCGCCAAACGGCAGAGGAGCGUGAAGCUGAAAGACAAGCUGCCAAUCGAUUGAUGCUGUCUCUCCAAGCAGAAGCUCUGAGCAAGGGGUUCGCACCUGCGGGCUCCACCGUUUCUCACGCCUCAACAACACCGUCGGCAGCAGCAGCUCCACCCCUGGCAGCUCUACAUGGUCUUCAACCCUGGGCCGAACCACAUACGGCAGGGUGCUGAAGCUCUGUAGGAUAUGCAGAGAGUGUAGUUUUUUUUACACAGUUUGGACAUAUGGACCGCUUUGGGAAGCUAGUGAUAGAUUUUCAGAGAGACAUUAACUUGGAAUGUGUUUAGUGAUUAUCUGAUAGUGUAUCGUAUUAAAAUAACACUACAGACUUUGUAUAUAGAACUACAGUGACAGGAUCUCAUGCAUAAAUCAAUUGUGAAUAUAGUCCUCUUCAAACAAAAUACUUAUAUUUACAUGAUGAUUCAAGACAGUGGCUUUCCUUAUACUUACAAUGCCUUCUAUUCUGAACCCAAAAACAUGAAAAAAAUAGUAGUAUUUUGUUACCUAAUUUAUGGAAAAAAAGAAUUCAAAUUAUGUAUUUAAUACCACAUUCAUAGGGGAAAGUGCAAUCGCUUCGGACAUUCAUGCCGUCGAUUAACAUGAUUUUUUUUUACCAAGAAUUGAUAAGAAGCUAACUAAUAUUUAAUAGAAAUGAGUAAGUCUCUUAGGAAAAAUAAAAGAAAAUUCAUAUUAUUCAAAGGCAUGCACUGAGAGAAAUCCGAAAAAGUUAAAAUAACAUUCCGGAAAUGUUAAUUUUACCCUGCAUUUUUGAUCCGAAAUCGGUGUAAAUAUUGCCCGUUUUAGGUGUAUUGCGGGUUAAAGUUACCCUUUUUCAUGUUAAUUUUACCGUUAAAAAGGUGUAAAAUUAACAUUAAAAAAUGUUGAUAUAUUUUUACACCUAAAAAGUGUUAAAGUUAUGAGGAAAAAAAGUUAAUCGCACCCCCGUUUUUUUUUCUCAGUGUGAGCGUUCGAAGGGAAAAUAAUUUUCCCUAUGUUAAUUGCAUUUCUAGAUUAAAUAUCAAUUCAAAUAAUAUUUAUUUGCUCAGUGAAAUCGUUAUUAUUGUUUUCUUCCUUAAAUAUUCUAAAUCUUAUUUUGACAAUAUCUGGUAAAAAUUUAGAGCCACUAUUGAACAUUAUGUGUAUUCGAGAAUUAUUUACUGAAAUAAGCAAUUACAGUAAAUAUCAUGCAUUUAAAAAUCAUUUAUCAAAUUUAAAUUUCAAUACCUACUACAUUUUGGAAGAAAUUUUCUUUCGUUGUAACAGCAAGUAAAAAAACUUCUAACGAAAAAUUAUUAGAAAUUAUCUUACCUGAAUUCGUCAAAAAAUCAUUUUUGAAAAAAAAUUAGUAGGAAAAUUGUGUAACUUGGACUAUGGCUAUGAAGUUUAUUUUAAAAAGGGUGUAAAUAUAGUACUUCAAUAAAAAAAACGUGAAUGCGAGUAAGUGAAAACAAAAUUGCUUCUGAAUAUAUAAAAACACGAAUUGUUUUUUUUUUUGUGUUUUGAAAAUAUAAGGAAAAUUUCUUCCAUGACAAAUACAUGAUGUAAAUUCAUAUUAAGGUACCAGUAUAUUAUAAAACUUCAUAAUCAAAUAAUGUAAAAUUAGUAAAAUAAAACAAUUGAUGACGCAG